GGUGAACGACAGGCGGAAAAGCGCGUGAAAGUCCACAGUCAAGUUUUUGGUGGAAAAUAGAUUGCCAUAGAUCAAAGCCCAGAAAAGCAAACAAAAAGCGAACUGAUAGCACACAAAACAAACCUGAUAAAGUGCUAGAAAAAAGGUAAUAAAAGCGGAAUACAAGAGCAGAGCUCUCUCAGCGAAGGAUUGCAACAAGGAGAAGGAGUCGGGUCAUCGCAACAUGUUGACCCUGUGGACGGCACUUUUUUGCUGCCUGACGGGGCUAGCCGUGUGCUACCAGCGGCAAUCUGUGAGCAACAACAAUCACAACAACGCCGAGGCAAAGCCCACACAUUCGCCGCCAUCGCAUUAUCCACACGGCCACAAAUGGAAUGAGCCGUACUUUGAUCUCACAAUGCCCAGGAAUAUCACAUCCCUGGUGGGCAAAUCCGCAUAUCUUGGCUGUCGAGUCAAGCAUUUGGGCAACAAGACGGUUGCCUGGAUACGACACCGUGACCUGCACAUCCUCACCGUGGGCACGUACACCUACACAACGGAUCAGCGGUUCCAGACCUCCUAUCACCGGGACAUUGACGAGUGGACCCUACAGAUCAAGUGGGCCCAGCAGCGGGAUGCCGGUGUCUACGAGUGCCAAAUAUCCACACAGCCAGUGCGAAGUUAUUCGGUCAACUUGAAUAUCGUGGUGCCCACGGCCACCAUUUUGGGAGGUCCUGAUUUAUACGUGGACAAGGGCAGCACUAUAAAUCUCACUUGCAUCAUCAAGUUCAGCCCGGAGCCGCCAACCCAUAUCUUCUGGUAUCAUCAGGAUAAGGUGCUCAGCGAGGAAACCUCCGGCGGGCGGCUGAAAUUCAAGACCAUCAAGUCAGAGGAGACCAAGUCCAUCUUGCUCAUCUACGACGCGGAUCUCCUGCACUCUGGCAAAUACUCGUGCUAUCCAUCGAACACGGAGAUAGCCAGCAUACGCGUCCAUGUCCUUCAGGGCGAGCGACCGGAGGCGAUGCAAACGAACGCGGCGCCGGCAGCCGUUGCCUUGGCGUCCUGUUGGUCCUGUCAGGCGGUCAGGGUAAUUAGCACAAUGGUGGCGGCCCUCGUAUUGUUGGAGGCCUGCUCCUCACUGCUCCUGCCGGGAUCUGGAGGAGGAGGAGGAGGAGCCCUUACAGGAGCUCGACAGGAGGAUGAGAGGGUGCCACCGAGUGACCCCAAGGAUACCCAAAGCGACUGUGUUCCCUCCUCCACCUCGGUCGUCGUCGGUGUCAAUAAUGGCAGCCGGAUUGCACGGUGAUAAAUUAAUGUCACCCUGCUGGAAUUCCACCGCCAAUGCACCUGCAGCCCCCAAAAUGCAGCAGAAAUGAUUUAUAACCGAUGUUAAGUGGAGAGGAGCACCCAAGGAGCUGCCGUGUAAUACCUUUCCGGUAAAAAAUACCAACUAAUUAUGCUAAUGACGGAGUGGGAGGGAGGAAGCUGCUGCUGCUGCUGCUGCUCCCUCGUAAGUUGUAAGUAAGCGUGUUUCUAAUUAAGUGGGCUGGGGAUUAGUUAGUUAGGCGGAAAUCAGAGCCAUGUACAUAAACUUCUCACGUAAAUUGCCGGCUCAGUGGCGAACUUGGCUAACUGGAGGGCCCGCUUUGAAGGAAUCAUCAAGUUGAAGAGAACUAUACUCGAGUGGUUUGCUGCUAGAGCCAGGCCUAGUUGGUUAAAUAAAUAUUGAAAUAAAUUAAAGUGUAAAAGAGGGAGUGUUAAGAAAAUACCUGGAGAUGUGAAAGCAAUUAUUCAAGCGGGGGAAUUAAUUUAUUCCAAGGCUCUAAGAUGAUCACAAAAAUCCAUUUUGUACAUAGUGAAGCAUCAUCCGGCUUAAGGACACGCACAAAUAAUGUUCUCAGAUCUCCAGAUAUUUUCUAAGGUAUCCUCCUAGCUUAGCAAAAUAGUUAUAUUAUGUAGCGAAAGUUUACUCAGAUUGUUGUAAAUAUUAAGGAUUCGUGUGUUUGUCCUGUAUAGCCUAGAGCCUAAGCAUUUGUAAAUAUGUUUAGAGAUAUCAAAGAGAACUUCUUCGAAGGUUCCUAAACUAAUUUUCACCACUUCGCCAGUUGCAGAAGGAAAGCCAUGACUCAGAAACAAGCUACUUCCCGGGCUCACAAUUUAUUUAAAAGAAUUUCCCCAAGUCAUGUGGUGGCAGUUCCUGUUUUCCGAAAUGGGUUCGAUGCUCCAAGGGAAAUUUAGAGCUCCCAUUUCGGCAUGUCCGGUUGCAUUUUCCACUGUCCCUACCCCCGGUUUCUGUUUUCCAAACUGGCAAGUCACUUUUCACUCUUGUCAACAAAAUAUUUGCAUUUCCAUGUGCCGGGCCAGGGACUCCUGAAGGAGCUCCUUCGUCCUGUGCCACAUUUAAAAAUGUAUGGCCACUGUCCGGGGCACUGAGGUGGCCCGAGUUAAACUGAUCAAAAUUGUAAAUAAACCCGCAUAUACUACGCCAUAUGAAUAAACUAUAAACAGUACUCAAGUAUUUAUGUGGUAGUCUCAUAUGUUACACAGUACCCAUAAAUGGACAUGAACAUUUAUAGGCAUUCAUAUAUAUAAAUAUAGUGUACGUAUCGAUAUUAAAAAUGUAAACCGAACGCAUGCAAAAUUAGUCGCGUCAUGUAAAUGAAUGUUUAAUGGGUAAAUUAAUGUUGCUGUAACGAAACACAACAAUGGAAAUAAUUGCAAUCGAGCAAAUAAAAUAAUACAUAUAUAUUAUAAGCAUAAAAUAGCAGGUAAUAUUCAUAUAACAAAAACCGAAAAGCAGCAAACAAAACAUAAACUUUGUUUACUUUUGUUGCAAACAAAAGUGGCAGCAAAACACGCAUUAUAAAGAUUAUGAAAUUGUUUUUAAUUUUUAAGCAAGGUAGCGUAACGUAAAUAUGGAAAUCGGUAUGAAAAAUUUCAAUAAACGUUUUUUUA